UGUCUAUGGUAUAUUAGAAAGGCGGCUGGCAAAGCAGCAGACAGCCUCGACAAAUUUAAAUGUCAAAUCAAGGUAUGCUCGCCUUGCCUUACCUAUCGGGCUUUUAGUCGCUCACAUUCUGUUUUUACGGUUACUCUGCACGUAAAGGAGACCAAAGAAUCAAGAGACGAGGAGUUGCUGCGAAUAGGAAAGCUGAACCUCGUUGAUCUAGCCGGGAGCGGUAACAUAGGAAGGUCUGGUGCUGUCGAAAAACGCGCUAGAGAAGCAGGCGCGAUAAACCAAAGCCUUCUCACUUUGGGUAGGGUUAUCACAGCUCUUGUUGACUGUAAUCAACACAUUCCUAAUCGUGAGAGCAAACUGACGCGGCUUCUUCAGGAUUCUCUUGGUGGUCGAACUAAAACUUCGAUAAUAGCGACUAUUAGUCCCAGUAAUCUGUGUCUCGACGAAACUUUAUCCACUUUGGAUUACGCUCAUCGUGCAAAAAAUAUAUAA